CGAAGUUUCAGAAACAUGGUGAAAUCAAGGUCAGCUAUGCUAUUGGUGUUGCAUCUUUUUGUCCUUCAUCUUCAAUAUUCAGAGGUUCAGUCGCUUGCCAAUACUUCUUCUCAUGAUUUUAGUUACCUGAGCUUUGUGUACGACGCCACGGAUCCAGAAUUGGAAGGAUCAUAUGACUACAUUAUAGUUGGAGGAGGAACAGCAGGAUGUCCAUUGGCAGCAACUUUAUCAGCAAACUACUCAGUGCUUGUUCUAGAAAGGGGCACUCUUCCUACAGAAUAUCCAAACCUCUUGAUAUCAGAUGGGUUUGUAUAUAAUCUCCAGCAAGAAGAUGAUGGAAAGACACCAGUCGAAAGGUUCGUGUCGGAAGAUGGUAUUGAUAACGUACGGGGCAGGGUGCUCGGUGGCACAAGCAUGAUCAAUGCCGGUGUCUACGCCAGAGCUAACACCUCAUUCUUUAAUCAGACAGGAAUUGAAUGGGACAUGGAUUUGGUUAAUCAGACAUAUGAGUGGGUUGAAGACACUAUUGUGUUCGAGCCAGAUUCACAAACAUGGCAAACUGUUAUAGGAACUGCAUACUUAGAGGCCGGCAUUCUUCCAAACAAUGGAUUUAGUGUGGAUCACCUAGCAGGAACACGACUCACGGGCUCAACGUUUGACAAUAACGGAACCAGACAUGCAUCUGAUGAACUUCUUAAUAAGGGAGACCCAAACAACUUGCGAGUUGCAGUUCAAGCAGCAGUUGAGAAGAUCAUCUUCUCUUCCAACACAUCAGGUGUGACAGCUAUAGGAGUAAUAUAUACUGAUUCGAAUGGAACGACUCAUCAGGCAUUCGUACGUGGUGAGGGAGAAGUUAUAUUGAGUGCAGGACCAAUUGGGUCCCCUCAACUUCUACUACUUAGUGGUGUUGGCCCAGAGGCUUACCUAACAUCUCUCAACAUUUCAGUUGUUGCUUCACAUCCAUACGUCGGGCAGUAUAUAUACGACAAUCCUCGUAAUUUCAUUAACAUUUUGCCCCCAAAUCCAAUAGAAGCUUCAACUGUAACUGUUCUAGGCAUUACAAGUGAUUUCUACCAAUGUUCUCUCUCGAGCUUGCCAUUUGAUACUCCACCCUUUAGUUUUUUCCCUACUACAUCUUAUCCCCUGCCAAAUCAGACUUUCGCUCACAUUGUAAACAAAGUUCCAGGACCUUUAUCUCAUGGUACUGUCACGCUGAAUUCAUCCUCUAAUGUGAGAGUCGGUCCAAAUGUGAAAUUCAACUACUAUUCGAAUUCGACAGACCUUUCUCAUUGUGUUAGCGGCAUGAAGAAGCUUGGUGAGGUCUUAAGUACAGACGCAUUGGAACCAUAUAAAGUUGAAGAUUUACCCGGUAUAGACGGUUUUAAUAUUUUAGGAAUACCUUUGCCAGAAAACCAAACAGAUGAUGCAGCCUUCGAAACAUUUUGCCGAGAUUCAGUAGCCUCAUAUUGGCAUUACCAUGGUGGAUGCCUUGUUGGCAAGGUGCUCGAUGAUGAUUUCCGUGUUACAGGGAUCAAUGCAUUGCGCGUUGUUGAUGGCUCCACAUUCCCUUCCACACCAGCGAGCCACCCUCAGGGUUUCUAUCUGAUGUUAGGCAGGUAUAUGGGCAUUCAAAUUCUGCAAGAAAGAUCAGCUUCUGAGGAUGCUAUUCAUAAUUUAGGAUUCCAAGAGAAUAUCUUGGAUUUACAUAAGUCAACAUCAUCCUUCGCUUUUUAAAUUUGAUUGAUAAACCUGAAAUCUUGGAUUUACGUAAGUUAUCAUUUUCCUUUACUUUUUAGACUUAAUUAAUAAACCCAUGAGUUCUGUCUCAAUUGGGAUUAGGGUUCGGCGGGCAAACGGGCUUAGUCUCUUUCCAUCCGCCAUGGCUAGGGUGUAUCUCUUUAUGUCAUAUGUAAUAAGUUUUCCUUGUAAUGUCGUGAUUAUCUAAAAAAUAAAUAAAAUAAGAAUAUCAUUUC